AGUAACUAAGUAUGCACUUUGCGUGCGAGGGUAAUAACUCGUGCAAGAGUUUCCCUAAUGCGCUAUUUUCUACAGUACCGGAGCUGGACGAGAAAGGCACGGGCCUCACCUUAGUGGAGCAGACUCCGCCUGAACCGUGGAAGAAAGAUGCCAGACCUCCCCAGGAAAUCGUACCGGGAGAAGUUCAGGUAUCCUUCCUGGCGCAUGCGUGCAUGGAGCUCAAACUUGGAGACAAGGUCAUGAUUUUUGACCCCUGGUUGACCGGACCCGCCUUUGCCAGGGGAUGGUGGCUGCUCCACGAACCGCCCGCUGAUUGGCUGGAAAGGCUGUCACGUGCUGACCUCAUGUACAUUAGUCAUGUACACUCGGAUCAUUUGAGCUACCCAACGCUAGAGAAACUGUCGGCAAGGAACCCAAACAUCCCAAUCUACGUAGGAGACACGUCCAUGCCGGUCUUUUGCAAGCUGGAGCAGAGCGGGGUCAAGUUAAACUGCAUCAAAGUCUGCAGCUUUGGUGUGUGGCAAGAGAUCAAUGUUGACCUUCGCUUCAUGAUCCUGAUGGACGGCGUUCAUCCUGACAUGGACACCUGCAUACUAGUUGACUACAAAGGUCAUCUGAUCCUGAACACAGUGGACUGCACUCAGCCAAAUGGUGGGCGGCUGCCUAAGAACGUGGACAUCAUGAUGAGUGACUUUGCUGGAGGAGCUUCUGGGUUUCCUAUGACAUUCGAAAACUUCAAAGGGCGGUACACCGAGGAAUGGAAAGCCAAGUUCAUCGCCACUGAGCGAAAAAAGCUGCUGUAUUACAAGACGCAAGUGGUUCGUGACGUCCACCCCAAGCUUUACUGCCCCUUCGCUGGUUACUUUGUGGAAGCUCAUCCUUCCGACAAAUACAUCUUGGACACAAACACAAAGAACCAGGCAGACCAGCUGAAUGCCCUCAUCAAUAAAUAUUCAGACCGUAUAGCAACUUGGACCCCAAAGCCUGGAGCGACUUUGGACAUGGCUCUGAUAUUAAACGACUCCGUUAACCACGGACUUGCAAUUGUAGACCCUCCAACGGGGACUAAGAUCUACAAAGACAGCUGGGAUUUUGACUUCUACAUCCAGAAGAUCAACGAGAGUAUUGAGAGCGAGAUUUUUGCCUACCCGAACUGGGUCCCCUUCUACUACCAAUGGGCGGGCUUUCGGGACUACAACUUGGUACUUCGGAUGAUAGAGACAGAUGACAACUUUCAGCCUGUUGAGGGCGGAUACGAUUUCUUGGUCGAUUUCUUAGACCUGACCUUCCCCAAACACCGACCUGCCAGGGAGCAUGCGUACCUACAGAUCAAGAACCGGAUAGGAGUUCAUCGGCAGACGGUUUUGAAAGGCCUAUUUUGGGAUGACCUCUAUAUCGGCUUUCAGAACAGGAUAUUACGUGACCCAGACACAUUUCACUACAAGUUCUGGAACCACAUGCAGAUCCUCCUGCCGCAUCACCCUCCGGACUGGGACGGUCUCCUGCGCAAACAGAUACAUGACGAUGACCACACCCCUGGUAGCGCGUCGGGAGAAAUGAGAGGCUCAAUCAACGUCCUAUGA